AUGGUAUUACUCCCUUCACAGAUUGAGGUCACAACAGCAACAUGUAGUUCUAUCGAUGUUGUUGUCCCUUGGACUCAUUUAUACUCCAAGCCCAUCAUUUUACGACUUGGAGAAGUCUUUGUUGAGGCUCACGACUUGACUGAACCAAGGAAAGAAGACAAAAAGAAGCCAAAAAAGCCAAAGAAGAAGACUUCAAGAGAAUUACUUGAUACUAUUUUGGUCGAGCUCACAGUGUUCAAGUUAAAACUCAAACUUGGACCAACGGAAUUGCUUCUUGUUAUCAACGAAGGUGAAACGUAUUUCGCAGACUCUGCAUUCAAUAAAGUAAGUCAAAUUCCAAAGGAAGUUCCCAUUGAGAAUGUGAUCAGUUCCUACCGAUUUUUGCAGGUCCACAGCUUAGAUUUAGAGCUUACGACGGGCGAACGGAAAGUCAUUCUUUGUCAUCAUUUAGAAGUAGUUGGGAGAUAUACAACACAACGAGAAGCAGAUACAUAUAAACUGUUAGACACAUUAUGUGUUGUUGAGUUGUCGAAGAUAUCACUCAACCUGUUAAUGGACGACUAUAUUAACAUGAUUUCAUACUUCAAAUCCCUCUUUGCCAUUGCCACGGAAAGUGCGAUAUUGGACGUAGUGAACUCGGAAAAGGAUGGGAGUGCUGCACCGACUACCCCACACUCUGAGAUGAUAUCGGGAAUGAACUCGGAUGUGAGUUCGGAGUCCCAUACCCCUACACUCGAACAUAGCUCUGACGUCGAAUUCACGAAGUCGACGCCAAUGUCUCCGAUGCCAACUCUUUCACGUAAAAUAACAACUAAAGAGACUGGGGAGAAGUCAAAGACGGGCUCAAGCUUGCGCGUUGAAUUGGUUGGCGAUAAGAAUGGCAAAGUGCCAGUUCUCUGUUCGAACACUAAGUCGGACUCUUUCAGUCCAAAAGACGAGAAAAAGGCGUUGAAACAGAAAGAAAAGGAGUUGAAGAAAGAGGAGAAGAAGUUGUGCAAAUUAGAGAAGAAAGGCGAACCAAAGACGACGUUUGUGAUAGUUUUGACGUUCCUGAAGAUGUCCCUUCAAAAUGAAACGACUGAUGAAGGCCUCUGUUGGCUUGUAGAGAACACGGAGAUCAAAUUUGUCCCUGCAUAUGGAGGAAGAAUCAAGAGAGGGAUCUAUGGGUUCUCUAUUGGCAGUGUUGAAGGGUUGUACAUGUCAAAAGGUGAUGUGAAGCGACUGAUAUGGGGGUUAGACAGUGAGUCUUGUCAUGUUGAGAAAACGAAGAAUAAGAAGGAAGUUGUGAAUUGUGAGUUAACGACGACAUGGGAACGGAAUGUCCUUGUCCACACGCGAAUAGGAUGUUUACUGAAUAAAUUAGGGUUGACGAUGGAAUUUGAAAUGUUCAAGAAGUUGUUGAAUUUCUUAAAGUGA